AUGUGCAACUCCCAAACCGCAAAAUUCACCCGCUGCGGAUGCAUCGUAUCCAAGGCUCCUGUGGUCUGCGAACUGGGCGAGUCGUGCCCAUUAUACAACAAAAUGGAGAUUGUCGAUGAGGACCAUCUUUGCCUUGAGUGUUAUUUGGACGCUGGGGGAGAGGCUCGGUGGUGGCGUCUGGUGAAGGAGUUGGGUGCUGAGGAGGUGGUAGUGGAAGGGAAUGAUGAGAGAGAGGAGAAGGAGGGGAACAAACAGGAUCAAGCACUGAAUGAUUCGGAAGAAUCAGAAGAAUCAGAAGACACACUGGAAGAAGUGGAAAUAGCUGAGAACACCUACAAGGAAAAAGUUGAGGCAGAACCUGCAGAACCUGACUAUGGGGUGGACGUGUCGAGGGAUUGCUAUCCUCCUGUUACCGUCACUUUGGCGGAUCUCCAGCUGAGAAAGGAGGAGCGGAAAGAGGCAGAGGUGGCGAAGUUGAAGGUGUUGUAUGGAGAGGAUUAUUUCGAGGGAAUUUGA